CGAAUCAUGUCGAUGAGUCCAAAGCACACGACUCCUUUCUCUGUGUCUGACAUCUUGAGUCCCCUGGAGGAAAGCUACAAGAAAGUGGGCAUGGAGGGGAGUAACCUCGGGGCUCCGCUAGCGGCAUACAGACAGAGCCAGGUAGCCCAGCCGGCUAUGCAGCAGCAUCCGAUGGGUCACAACGGGACCGUGACUGCCGCCUACCAUAUGACUGCUGCUGGGGUCCCCCAGCUCUCGCACACCGCUAUGGGGGGCUACUGCAACGGCAACCUCAGCAACAUGAGCGAACUGCCUCCUUACCAGGAGACCAUGAGGAACAGCGCCUCGGCCACAGGCUGGUAUGGGGCCAACGCGGAUCCACGCUUUCCCUCCAUCUCCCGCUUCAUGGGCCCCACGAGCGGCAUGAACAUGAGCGGCAUGGGAGGCCUGGGCCCUCUGGGGGACGUGAGCAAGAACAUAGCCCCGCUGCAGAGCGCGCCGAGGCGAAAGCGCCGGGUCCUCUUCUCCCAGGCGCAGGUGUACGAACUGGAGCGGCGCUUCAAGCAGCAAAAGUACCUGUCGGCUCCUGAGAGAGAACACCUGGCGAGCAUGAUCCACCUUACGCCUACCCAAGUCAAAAUCUGGUUCCAAAACCACCGCUACAAGAUGAAGCGUCAGGCCAAGGACAAGGCCGCCCAGCAGCAGAUGCAGCAGGACAGCGGUUCCUGCCAGCAACAGCAGCAGUCCCCGCGAAGGGUGGCAGUGCCAGUCUUGGUCAAGGAUGGCAAGCCAUGCCAGGCGGGCUCCAACGGCCCCAGCGCUGCUAGCCUGCAAGGCCACCAGCAGCAGGGGUCCGCGGCUGCGGCCAUCACUGUGUCCAGCAACGGCACCAGCCUGAGCCAGCACCCGAACCACCAGUCCAGCAGCGCUGGUCAGUCCCCGGAUCUGGCCCAGCACUCCGCCAGCCCUUCGUCCCUCCAAAGCCAAGUGUCCAGCUUGUCCCACCUGAACUCUUCGAGCUCGGACUAUGGCGCUGCCAUGUCCUGUUCUACCUUGCUGUACGGUAGGACCUGGUGA